AUGGCCGAAGCCAAAGAUUCGGGUGCCUACGUAGUCGAAAUCCUAGACGAACAAGAUAACCAAAAUCGGAAUCAAAACCUUAUGAUCUCUGUAAUCCAAGAGCAUCCAUUGAGCCAAAUUUCAGAAAGCUCAGGCCAUCUAUUGCUCUUAAAACUCUGGCAGCGAGACGAGCAUUUGUUCGGCCUCCGAAUCGGUCAACGAGAGACCAAAUUGGAGUGUCUCAAGCAACAAAUCUUCCAACUUUGCUGCUACUUCUUCCUCUUCAAUGUCCUGUCUCUGACCCUGAUGUUCACUUCCUAUAAUCCCAAUGUGUGUCACAAAUGGUGGGGUCCGGCGGUGUCGGUGGCGGCGACGUCGGUCGUGUUUGUGAUGGCGGUGCAGGUGAAAUUGUGGGGGUAUUGGAAGGCAGCAGGGGAGUUGCAGAGGGAGAGGAUGAAAGGGUGUUGUUUUAAUUUGUGUAAAGAGCCUCAGAGUGUGGGGAAGAGGAUGAAGAGCUCGAGUGUGGAGAUUAAAUGGCGGCCUCUUACUUGCCUCUCAAGGAAUUUCAUUACUAUUUCUCUUCUUUGCUUUUCAGGCCUUGUUUUUGCUGCUUCCAAGUUCAUUCUUUGUGGCUUUUAG